AUGGAGGCUUUCAGGCGGACCUACCUGCAGCUGUGUGAGGAGGGAGGCGUGGAGCCCCCGGAGGGCGUCCUGGCCCAGCUGCAGGCGGGCCGGGCCGCCCAGGGCUCCAGGCUGGACCUGAGUGGGCAGAACCUGUCUGAGGAGAUGUGCCGUGUGCUGGCCAAGGCCCUCCAGAGAGACUGUGUCUUCACAGAGGUGUCCCUCAGCGACUGCAUGCUCAGCGAGGAAGCUGCUGCCCUCCUCCUGACUGGACUCUCUGAGAACACAGCUGUAAGAACCCUGGAUCUAAAGGGAAAUAACCUGAGAUCCAAAGGGGCCGAGGGGCUGGGAAAGCUGCUGGCUUCCAACAGGACUCUGCACAGGCUGGUCCUGGAGUGGAACGCUUUGGGGGUGUGGGACGAGGCCUUCUCCCUCUUUUGUGCUGGUUUGGCCUCCAACAGCGUGCUGACUCAGCUGGACCUGCGCAACAACCAGAUCAGCCAUCACGGAGCCUCGGAGCUGUGUCAGGCUCUGAGGAGGAACAGCUCGCUGAAGGAGCUAGAUUUAAGGUGGAACAACAUGGGUCUGCUGGGGGGCCGGUCCCUGCUGGAGGCUCUCCGCACCAACAGGAGCCUCCUGCAGAUGGAGGUGGCAGGAAACAACAUCCCCAGCGACACGCUGAGGGCUCUGGAUAGAUCUGGACUGCAGCCUCUGGAGGUUGAGCUUCUGUUACUGUGUGUUCUGACCCUGCCAGAGCAGACGAUAGGACACAACUCAGACAGACAGUCCACUCUGAGGGAGACCAGCAGCAGGACCCAGGUCCUCAGCAGGGAGAUCCAGACUCUGAGGGAGGAGAAGGGCCAGCAGUUCCUCAGCCUGAUGGAAACCAUCGACAGGCAGAGGGAGGAGAUGGGGCGGAGCCAUAGGCUGCAGAUGACGGAGGCCGCCCUGGCUCUCUCCGAGCAGAAGAACCAGAGUAUGGGGGAGCUGCUGUCCAGGGCCAGGGCCGAGACGGAGGAGGAGAAGGAGCAGCAGAGCAAGCUGAGGAAGAAGGAGGAAGAGAAUAGUGCACUAAGGGAGGAGAAGCUCAGGAGGGAGGUCCAAAACCUGCUGGAGAACAAUGGCCAGCUCAAGAAUAAAGUAUGA